UUUCUCUCCGUGGUUAAAUAGCAAAGCGCACUGCUUCUCGUGGUAGACAGCCCACUUUACAUAGCGGAGGUUAUUAAGAUAAUCCACCUGUAAGAACUACAUAAAGAGGUAGAUAACCCAGCAGCACUUUAAUAUGUACUCAAACAAAAACGAAGGACCGCGUAGAGGAAGAUCUUUUGACUCCAUGAACAUCGGCUUGGAAGAAAAACUUCUGAACAAUGAGAUAAACAAAUCAACCUUCACAAAAAUUGAGGAAAACACUGAAAAAAACAAUACAUCAGAGAAAGGGAGAGCAACAAUAAUAUUUUCCCUCAAGAAUGAAGUAGGAGGACUAGUAAAGGCGCUCAAACUCUUCCAGGAAAACCAUGUCAACCUUGUACACAUAGAGUCCAGAAAAUCCAAAAGACGCAACUCUGAGUUUGAAAUUUUUGUGGACUGCGACAGCAACCACGAACAACUGAAUGAAAUAAUCCAGCUGCUUAGAAAGCAUGUGAGCGUGGUAGAUAUGGAUCCUCCAGAUAACUCCUGUCUCAAUGAGGAAGAUAUGUCUAAUGUACCUUGGUUCCCAAAGAAGAUUUCAGACUUGGACAAGUGUGCUAACCGUGUCCUGAUGUAUGGCUCUGAGUUGGAUGCGGAUCAUCCGGGUUUCAAGGACAAUGUCUACAGGAAAAGGCGAAAGUACUUUGCUGAUCUCGCCAUGGCAUACAGACACAGUGGGGAUCCCAUUCCUCGUGUUGAGUUCACAGAGGAGGAAGUGAAGACUUGGGGAGUUGUGUACAGGGAGCUCAACAAGUUGUACCCCACCCAUGCCUGCCGGGAAUACUUGAAGAACCUGCCACUGCUGUCAAAAUACUGUGAAUUUCGGGAGGACAACAUCCCUCAGCUGGAAGAUGUGUCACGUUUCCUCAGGGAACGCAGUGGAUUCACCAUCAGGCCUGUGGCUGGUUAUCUGUCCCCACGUGACUUCCUCGCUGGUUUGGCCUUCCGGGUUUUCCACUGUACCCAGUAUGUGCGACACAGCUCCGACCCUUUAUACACCCCAGAGCCGGACACAUGCCAUGAGCUGCUAGGUCACGUCCCGCUGCUAGCAGAGCCAAGCUUUGCCCAGUUCUCUCAGGAGAUUGGUCUUGCUUCACUCGGGGCCUCAGAUGACUCAGUUCAGAAACUGGCCACAUGCUAUUUCUUUACGGUGGAGUUUGGCCUAUGCAAACAAGAAGGACAGCUGCGAGCAUAUGGAGCAGGACUGCUGUCAUCUAUCAGUGAGCUUAAGCACGCACUCUCUGGCAAUGCAAGGAUAAUGCCUUUUGACCCCAAAGUUACAUCCAAACAAGAAUGCAUCAUCACAACAUUUCAGGAUGUCUACUUUGUGUCAGACAGCUUUGAGGAGGCCAAAGUUAAGAUGAGGGAGUUUGCCAAGACCAUCAAGCGUCCCUUCACAGUCCGAUACAACCCUUACACCCAGAGUGUGGAUGUGCUAAAAGACACUCCCAGCAUCAACAGCGUGGUGGAGGAACUUCGACACGAGCUUGACAUCGUCGGUGAUGCCCUCAGCCGGCUGAACAAGCAGCUGGGUGUCUGACUGCCCACAUUCCAGUUGGAGUUAUCCACAUACAGUCCAUCAACGCUUGCCGUGUCACCCCCAAGCACCGUUGUAGAGAUACUGCUUGUGUAUCGCCCUUCGUCAGUACAAUGAAUGUGCACUGCUUUUGGCAAAACGCUCUGUUGUCCCCACUGCAUGGUAUACGGCUUAUACAAUUCACAGAGGUGCAUAAGGUAUGUUUAGCCACUUAUAUCAGUAAAAUGCACAAACCCAAAGAGCUGCUUAACCAGAGACACUGUUUUGCUUCAGUUGUACUUGGCUCAAUCGGCUUCUGUAUUCCAAA